UAGUAACAUUUUAACAUGGUGGGCGAUGGGCGCGCGAUCUCGAGUACAAUUACUGGAGUGUCAUGUUGAAUUUUUACCUACCUCUUAAAAUACCGAGGGUAUAAUUUCUGUAGCUCAUGAUUUAGUAAAUUUGUUACGAAGAUUAGAGAAUUGAAAGUUGUUGCUUACACUAUAAAUGAUGAAACUGGUCGAUCAAGUUGUUAGAAGUUUUAAGGUAGCAAAAGUGUUUCGGGAAAACACAGACAAAAUAAACAGUAUAGACUUUUCACCCAAUGGCGAAACCUUAAUAUCGUGCAGUGAAGAUGAUCAAAUUGUCAUAUAUGACUGUGAAAAGGGCACCCAAAUGAUAACUGUUAAUAGCAAGAAAUAUGGUGUCGAUUUAAUACAUUUCACGCAUGCCAAAAAUACAGCUAUUCACAGUUCUACCAAAGUUGACGACACUAUAAGAUAUUUGUCACUGCAUGACAACAAAUACAUCAGAUAUUUCCCAGGGCAUACGAAAAAAGUUGUUACGCUUUGUCUGUCUCCUGUAGAAGAUACAUUUCUAUCUGGAUCUUUAGAUAAAACUUUGCGUCUUUGGGAUCUUCGAUCACCUAAUUGUCAAGGCCUAAUGCACUUAUCAGGACGGCCUGUAGCCGCAUAUGAUCCUGAAGGACUGAUAUUUGCAGCUGGAGUAAAUUCUGAAAGUAUAAAAUUGUAUGAUUUAAGAUCAUUUGAUAAAGGUCCUUUUGUCACAUUUAAACUCAAUCAAGAAAAGGAAUGUGACUGGACUGGAUUAAAAUUUUCACGGGAUGGCAAAACUAUGUUAAUAAGUACAAACGGAUCAAUUAUACGUUUAGUUGAUGCAUACCAUGGAACUCCACUCCAAACAUUCACUGGACAUUUGAACAAUAAAGGCAUACCAAUUGAAGCUUCAUUUAGUCCUGAUUCUCAAUAUAUCUUUAGUGGAUCUACUGAUGGUAGAGUGCAUGUCUGGAAUGCUGAUACUGGGUACAAAGUAUGUGUACUAAAUGGAGAUCAUCCAGCACCAAUACAAUGUGUUCAAUUUAAUCCUAAGUUUAUGAUGUUAGCAUCUGCAUGUACAAACAUGGCAUUUUGGCUACCAACAAUUGAUGAAGUUUAAUUUCUUUAGUAUCCUUGAUCAAGUACCUUAUAAUUAGUUAUUUGACAGCAAGGAAAAUUAAAUUUGUAUUUAAAUGUUUAAAAAUUGUAGUUUUUCAAGAUAUACAAUUUAAAUCUUAUAAAUUGUCUUUAAGUUCUGCCUUUCAAUUGGUGUUUAAAGAUAGAAGGGA